AUGGGUGACUUAACUGUCCACACCGUUUCUCCUGCAACUGUCUCUUGUAUGGAAACGGACACCAAGUUUGAGAAGAUCAGUAUUGGCCAACAUUCCUUGGUAGCUGUUGAACCUACUGUGUUGUGGAAGAAAGGUGGUCGCUUGCUCUCUGGUCUUCUGGGGUUAAAUGUGCUGCUGUUGGCCAUUGUACUUAUUAGCAGUGCUGCUUUCAAUGAUGUGGCACUGGUUGAAUGGCAACUACUCUCUCUUCUGUGCACUCUUAUGGGACUCACAGGUUGCUGGAUGGCGGUCUACCUGCUCUGGACAUCAAAAAAGGACCAUCACACAAGCCUAAAGGACUCCCAUGCUGGACCCAUCUGGUUGAGAGUUGGGCUGGCAGUUUUUGGGGUUUGCACAUUGCUUCUUGAUGUGCUGAAGAUUGGAAAAGCAGUCGGUCUGGUUCAGUGUGAAUCUCCUAUCCAAAUCAUCCAGCCAGUCUUUCAGUUCGUGUUCGUGGUGUUGCAGACGUAUUUCCUCUGGGUGUCCUGCAGGAACUGUGUUCAGAGUCACAUGAACCUUACCAGGUGCGGCCUCAUGUUAACUCUCAGCACUAAUCUAGCCAUCUGGAUGGCUGCGGUCACAGCUGAAUCUCUUCACCAAACGCCUAGUGCUAACAGCUCAUCUGGUGGUCACAGGAUGUCCAGAGCUGGUGGAGGAUCUGAUACCUGCGCUUGUAAUAAUCUGGCGUGCAAAACCUUCGAGACAGGAUAUUAUUACCUGUACCCUUUUAAUAUUGAAUAUAGUCUCUUUGCUUCAGCCAUGUCUUACGUGAUGUGGAAGAAUGUGGGCCGUGUAAUGAGUCAGCAUUCUCACCACACACAUCACUCCCUCUGUCCACAUAGACUUUUUGUGGGACUUAUUUGUGGGGUUGCGGUCCUUGUGGCAGGCCUAGGAGUCUUCAUUGUCUAUGAGCUUGAUGUUUCAUCGGAUGAAUCUAAGCCACAAGCACUUGAAAUGUUUUACAUCUUCAAUAUCAUAGCUCUCAGCCUGAUGUGUAUUAGCUCACUUGCUGGAACCAUCAUCUUCAGAUUUGACAAGAGGGGCGCGGACAGUCACAAGAACCCUACAAGGAACCUUGAUGUUGGUCUGCUGAUUAUAGCUGCCCUGGGCAAAUAUUGCAUCGCCUAUUUCUCAAUAAUAGCCAUUAUAGCCAAGUCUCCUGGUGACCUCAUUGAUCAUUUAAAUUUGGUAUAUUCACUGCUUAUGAUUUUACAGCACACCCUGCAGAACAUUUUCAUCAUAGAAGGACUGCAUAGAGAACCAUUCAGUAGUGGAUACUCGGGCCAUCGUAGUUCUGUAGCCAAUAAUGAGAGACAUGAAGUUUACAUCAAUCAAGCAGUUGCAGGUAUUCAGAGCAAUCACUUGGAAGCUGAACAUGGACACGAGUUGGAUUCAAACGCCAAUGAGGUUGUGGCACACUCCAUUAUAAAGAAUGCUCGAGAAGACUUGCGAAGAAAGGCCCUAAAGGAGAUCUGUUUAUUCCUCCUCAUCUCCAACAUCAUUUUCUGGAUCAUGCCUGCCUUUGGUGCUCGUCCAGAGUUUGACAAUAACAUGGAGAUGGAUUUCUACGGAAAUGCCAUGUGGCCCGCUAUAGUAAACAUUGGCCUUCCGUUUGGGAUCUUCUACAGGAUGCAUUCAGUCGCCAGCCUUCUGGAGGUCUACGUCAUUUCCUAG